GUUACCUGAUGUCUAAGCCAGAACCUGAACCACGGGUAUUGGGCGCUGUAGAGUCAAAACGAGUGUCUUAUUUAAAACCGAGGUCGAGGAUUAGCGUUUUUUGGGAUCGCUUAUUAUACAAUGUCAGGUAUACGAGCCGUCACUGGAAAGAUCGCGUAUAUGUUCGAUUUACUGUUGGUAUACUCAUUUAUACUGUCGGGUUAUACGCCUUCAUUAUAAAAUAUUACGGAACUGAGCAUCCGCUGAAUCGUUAUCAAUGGAGGCAAAUGAAGAAACGCGGUCAACUGAGUGAAGAAAUGUUACGUUACCUGAUGUCUAAGCCAGAACCUGAACCACGGGUAUUGGGCGCUGUAGAGUCAAAACGAGUGUCUUAUUUAAAACCGAGGUCGAGGAUUAGCGUUUUUUGGGAUCGCUUAUUAUACAAUGUCAGGUAUACGAGCCGUCACUGGAAAGAUCGCGUAUAUGUUCGAUUUACUGUUGGUAUACUCAUUUAUACUGUCGGGUAA